CAGGUGCAUGAACUGUGCGAUAACUUUUGCCAUCGGUACAUCAGCUGCUUAAAGGGGAAGAUGCCCAUCGACUUGGUGAUCGAUGACCGUGAUGGCGGCUCUAAGUCCGACCUGGAAGACUUCACCGGAUCCUGCACCAGCCUCUCCGAUCAGAACCACUGGAGCCGGGACCACGACGACACAGGCUCCACGCACUCAGGGACCCCCGGCCCCUCCAGCGGCGGCCUGGCCUCACACAGUGGCGACAACUGCAGCGAGCAAGGGGAUGCGCUGGACAACAGCAUGGCCUCGCCCGGGACCGGAGACGAUGACGAACUCGACAAGGACAAGAGACGGCAGAAGAAGAGGGGCAUCUUCCCUAAAGUCGCCACCAACAUCAUGCGGGCAUGGCUCUUCCAGCACCUCACGCAUCCGUACCCCUCGGAAGAGCAGAAGAAACAGUUGGCGCAGGACACAGGGCUGACAAUCCUACAGGUCAACAACUGGUUCAUCAACGCAAGACGUCGCAUAGUACAGCCCAUGAUCGACCAGUCGAAUCGAACAGGUCAGGGCGCACCCUACAGUCCCGACGGGCAACCAAUGGCCGGCUUUGUAAUGGACGGGCAGCAACAUAUGGGCAUCCGGCCCCCAGGUUUGCCGGGAAUGCCGGGGGAGUUCGUAUCUCCGGGAGGAGCGGUGGGGAUGGGCAUCGCACAGCCGGGGGGGUACCCGCCGCCCCCCCAGAUGUCGCCGCACCCGGCCCAGCUGAGACACGGACCCUCGCUGCACUCCUUCAUCCCCGGCCACGCCCACCACGCCGCCCUGAUGAUGCACCACAGGACACCGCCCCACCCGGCCCUGCAGCCGCCGCCGCCGCCGCCACCGCCAACCGCCGCCAUCUUAAAUCCCGGAGAGCCCAUCGACAGUGGCCACGCCAUGGAUGUCCACGCCCACUAGAGAGUGUGUAAAGAAAAUGUACAGGAGAGGAUUAGUUUAAUAAGAUGUCCAGCCUUGGGGAGAAAACUAAGAGGCACAAACUGGAAUUCAGACUGCUGUGUGUGUGACACUGUUGUUUAUUUUAUAUUGUACUUUUAUUGUGAAUUUGAACAAGGACCAAUUCUGGAGCAUCUGAAUUAAACUACUCCUCCGGGACUUUUAUAUAUAACGAAACACUGAAUGAGGAACGUCCAACGGCUCGAACAAGCUUUUGAGCAGUUACCACAAAGAAGGAAGAACUAAAUUAACUUGUACCUUUUGGUUUCCGAUAGAUUUUUCUUUUAUACAUAAUAGAUAAAGAAAAAAAUAACGAAGA